AUGAUCACUACAAGAAUUGUUUCUGCCGUCGUUGCUGGCUACUUUUGUAGCCUUGCUCUUGCUGCUCCUACUCUCACCACCGAUGAUGUGACCAAAGCCGUUGAUAAGCGCGCCACCGUCAGCGAUGCAGCCUUUGGCUACGCUAGUCUGAAUGGUGGCACAACUGGUGGCACAGGUGGUACUACUACCACAGUAUCUUCCUACGCGGCCUUCACCGCUGCUGUCUCUGGCGACAGUAAGAAGGUUGUUUACGUUUCUGGACCGAUCACAGAGACCGCCGACCAGGUUAAGGUCGGAAGCAACACCAGCAUCAUUGGAAAGAGCUAUACUGCUAUCUUGACCGGUUUUGGCCUCCUGGUCAAAGAGGAGUCGAACGUUAUUAUCCGCAAUCUAGGUGUCAAGAAGGUCCUUGCGGAUAACGGCGAUGCCAUCGGUGUUCAAUAUUCCACCAACGUCUGGAUUGACCACUGCGAUGUUUCUUCCGACAUGGACCACGAUAAAGAUUACUACGAUGGUCUGAUUGAUCUCACCCACGCUGCCGACUAUAUCACCGUUUCUAACACAUUCUUUCACGACCACUGGAAAGCGUCCCUGAUUGGCCACUCUGACAGCAACGGCGAUGAAGACACUGGACACCUCCGCGUUACUUAUGCUAACAACUACUGGUACAACAUUAACUCCCGUGCCCCCUCCAUUCGCUUCGGAACAGGCCACUUCUACAACAGCUACUUCCUCUCCGUUAACGAUGGUAUCAAUACCCGUGAUGGCGCUCAGAUUUUGGUUCAGUCUAACGUCUUUGAUGGAGUUGACAACCCUCUCUACUCCACUGAUGACGGCUAUGCUGUCGCCACGGAUAAUGACUUCGGCGAUGGUGAGAAUACUGCGGAGACUGGCACCCUGACCACCGUUCCUUACUCCUACACUCUGCUUGGAUCUGGAAAUGUUAAGGCUGCUGUUUAUGGCACUGCGGGACAGACCCUUACUUUCUAA